AGGAAUAUUUCAUGAAGAGAUGGUGGAUCCGGAAGUAGUUCGUCUUGGACCUUAACUCCCCCUCCUCCUGGAAAUGAUGGAUCAUGUCAACUACACCUGGUCCCGGACCUUCAUCCUUGCAGAUCUUCAAGGCUCCACUUGUGCACAGAGCUAAGGAUGUCCCAUAGAACUCCAGCCACAAAUCCUGCCCAGAGAGAGCUACUCUCCCAGGAGUUCUCUCACUCCUAAGCCCACAGGGUUUCUACCUGCUACCUUAAGGGAGUGAACCACAUACCGAUUGUCAUUUGAACAUUGAGAAAGGAGCUAAUACUCCCCAAUGGAUAAAAGAGCAUUUUCAACAAAGGGUGCUGGUUCAACUGGAUGUCAGCAUGUAGAAGAACACAAAUUGAACCAUUCUUAUCUCCUUGUACAAAUUCACAUCCAAGUAGAUCAAAGACCUCCACAUAAAACCAGAUACAUUGAAACUACUAUAGGAGAAAGUGGGGAAGAGCCUUGAGCACAUGGGCACUGGGGAAAAUUUCCUAAACAGAACACUAAUGGCUCAUGCUCUAAGAUCAAGAAUCAACAAAUGGGCCCUCAUAAAAUUGCAAAGCUUCUGUAAGGCAAAGGACACUGUCGAUAGGACAAAAUGGCAACCAACAGAUUGGGAAAAGAUAUUUAUCAAUCCUACAUCUGAUAGAGGGCUAAUAUCCAAAAUAUCCAAAGAACUCAAGAAGUUAGACUCCAAAGAGCCAAAUAACCCAAUUAAAAAUGGGGUACAGAGAUAAACAAAGAAUUCUCAUUGAGGAAUAUAGAAUGACUGAGAAGCACCUAAAGAAAUGUUCAACAUCCUUAGUCAUGAGGGAAAUGCAAAUCAAAACAACCCUGAGAUUCUAACUCAUACCAGUCAGAAUGGCUAAAAUAAAAAACUCAGGUGACAACAGAUGCUGGCAAGGAUGUGGAGAAAGAGAAGCACUCCUCCAUUGUUGGUGGGAUUGCAAGCUGGUACAACCAUUCUGGAUAUUGUUCUGGUGGUUCCUCAGAAAACUGGACAUACCACUACCCAAGGAUACAGUUAUACUACUCCUGGGUAUAUACCCUAAAGAUGCUCCAACAUAUAACAAGGACACAUGCUCCACUAUGUUGAUAGCAGCCUUAUUUAUAAUAGCUAGAAGCUGGAAAGAACCUAGAUGUCCUUCAGCAGAAGAAUAAAUACAGAAAACGUGGUACAUUUACACAAUGGAGAACUACUCAGCUAUUAAAAUCAAUGAGUUCAUGAAAUUCUUAGGCAAAUGAAUGGAACUAGAAAAUAUCAUCACAAAAAAUACACAUGGUACACACUCACUGAUAAGUGGAUAUUAGUCCAACAGCUCAGAAUACCCAAGAUACAAUUAAUAAGCCACAUGAACCUCAAGAAUAUGGAAGUCCAAAGUGAGGAUGCUUCAGACCUUCUUAGAAAGGGGAACAAAAUACUCAUAGGAGGAAAUAUGGAAAGUGUUGAGCAGAGACUGAAGGAAAGGCCAUUGAGAGACUGCCCCAUCUGUGAGAUCCAUCCAAUAUACAGACAUCAAUCCCAGACAGUAUUGCAGAUGCCAAGAAGUGCUUGCUGACAGGAGCCUGAUAUAGCUGUCUCCAUAGAGGAUCUGCCAGAGCCUGACAAAUAUGUAGGCGGACGCUGGCAGCCAACCAUUGAAGUGAGAACAUGGUCCCCAAAGGGGGAGUUAGAGAAAGGACUGAAGGAUCUAAAGGAGUUUGAACCCCAUAGUAAUAGCAACAAUAUCAACCAACCAGAGCUCCCGAGUACUAAACCACCAUCCAAAGAAUACACAUGGAGGGAGAUAUGGCUUCAGCUGCAUAUGUAAGAGAGGAUGGCCUUGUAAGGCAUCAAUGGGAGGAGAGGCCCUUGGUCCUGUUAGGUUCAAUGCCCCAGUGUAGAAGAAUGGUAGGGCAUGGGGUGGGAUGGGUAGGAGGAUGGGAAGGGAACCAUCUUCAUAGAUGAAAGGGGAAGGUGGAUGGGAAAGGGAGGAACCAGGAAAGGUGGUAACAUUUGAAAUGUAAACACAUAAACAUCAAAUAAAAAUAAAUAUCACUUUUAAAGGCACCCUUUGUUCUAGAUUUCAACUUUAUUGUAUACAUUGCUCUUCUGCUUGAUGCUAAAGAGCAUCUAUUAUUUUUAUUCCCAGGUAUUUGUAUCUGAUAAGUAAUAACCUGUGAGACAUAGGUUAUGGUAUGUAUAAUCCAUUCAGUUAAUGGAGAGACCACUUUAAUGUGGAAACUGGGUGGAAAUUCUUCCUAAUGUUGAUGACCUAAGAGGAAUGCAAAAGGACAAAUGUGAACUGAAGGUAAGAUAAUUCAGAGCAUUAACCUUGACACUGUGAGGACUGUCCCAUUAUUAAUUUAAGGGUACAGUUGAACCAUGGUUCUCUUGCUUGGAACUAGAGAAGAUAAAGCAUCGUAUUGAAGGACUUCUGUAAGUAUUUACCCAAGUGAAUGGUCAGGUAUUUCAUAGGAAGUAGGGUAUAGUAUCUGCCCAUUCUUAAGCUGUAUUAGCAGAAGCAUAGAAGCAAUGUAUAUAUUAUAUUUGGUAUCCAUUGCUAAGCUUUCCACAGGUAGCUCAAUGUCAGGGAUCAUUUAUUUCAUUUCCAGUUAGUGUGACUUCUAUAUUAAGAUAAGACUUUAUUACUUUGUCUUAAGGUUAAUUUAGAAAAUACUAUAUUUGCUCUUGUCCUUUUCUCUGAUUAAGGAGAUAGUACCUUUAGAUUAAUGAACAAACCUUCACACUCAGUAGGUAAUUACAGUUAUCCUGUUAUUUACCAGGAACCCAAAUCAAUCCACAUGAAAUUUCAACAUAGUACUCAGCAAAGAUCAAAAGAUCAGACACUGAAAUAAAAAGUUUAAAAAAAUGAGAGUACAAAUACUUUUGAAAACCUAAGUUUGUUGCCUUAAUAUGUCCAGAGUCAAAAUGGUGGUAGAGUGGUUUGAGUACUAUUAGCAAACCUGUUGGUGGGAAUUUAGAAUACUUUAGAAUGCUUUUAGAACAGGAUUUUAGGAGCACUUGGGAGAUUGCUCAGCAGAUAAAGAUGUUUGGUACUCUCACAGAGGACCUGACUCUAGCUCUAAUUACACAUAUCUGGCUGCUCACAACCACCAGUAACUUCAGCUCCAGAAGAUCUGAUGCUCUCCUGUGUCUUUGAGCACAUAGAAACAGGUACACAGAUUCACAAUACAUAUAAAUCAAUAAUGUAAAAAGCAUAAUAAAUUCUGGAAUAUUAAUUUAAAUAGCUGGUAAGCAGUUUGUAGACCCUGUAGUGUGAAGUUAUAGUAUGAAGAAAGAAUGUAGGAAUUUUUAGUACAAAAACAGAAGGUUCCUAUGUGGAUUGUGUUGUAAGGUAGUAAAGCAAACAGUGCUGAAUAAUGACAAAUCUCCUGGCAAGUGGAAAUUUAAAGAGGCAAUCCAAUCCCUCUUUCCCUAAGUUGUUAUUCUUCAUGUGUGAAUGAAGAGAUGAGGAUUGGUUUGUUUCUUUAAUGCCGUGUCAUAUGGUCGCUGCAAAGCAGGCAGUAUCCCUGGAUUAGAUUGCAUAACUCCAAAGUGAAGAUUGCAGAUAAGUCAUUGGAGAAAUAUCUCAUCUGACUCAUUUCUCUGGGCCUCACUUCCUGCCCCAAAGGGAUCCAUACUGAGAGUUAGUCAUAGUAACCCCAGGGAAUAUUUAUUAAGGACUUUGUGGGAGAGCUAUGUUUUUAGGUGCAUGAAUUAUAAAUAAGGGAGUGUCUUGGGAUAAAAGUGAUACCAAGAAAAAUGAGGCUUGUUCUGUUGUAACAAAAGCAAUAAGGUAAUGGUUGGAGGUGGCACUCGAGAGGUAAGAGCAUCAGGGGGCAGUUUUGACCUUUCCUUAGUAAUUUCCAUUUGAAUAGAGGAGUGAAGUUCUACAGAUAUUAAUAUAGACACUCCAUUAGGAACUGAGUACACAUCAAUCAAUAACAAGAGAAUCACAUGUUAUUACCAUGUCAGAAGCUUCAGGGACCUCUAACCUAAAUUUUUUCAGUUAUAGAACUCCAACAAAAGAGGAAGCAGUGGUUUGGACCAAGAUUCACUUUGAGCUUGUGGUUAAAAGAAAUAGAAAUCCAACUCCUGAAAGAAGUUGUACUCCUUUGGCACCUCUUGACACAUCACUGGAGGGCUUCGCAUUGUUCUUCUCCCUUCUCCCUACCUACUGCAGCAUUCUGAAGUAUGUCUCCCAUUUGGGAAUCAUGGAUCAUGUCAAUUGCACCUGGAACUGGAUCUUCAUCCUUGCUGGUUUCAAUACCUCUGGCACUCUGCAACAGCUUGCAGUCUUUGGGACCCUGUGCAUCUAUCUCCUCACACUUGCAGGGAACUUGUUCAUCAUUGUCUUGGUUCAGGCAGAUUCGGGGCUGUCCACUCCCAUGUACUUCUUUAUCAGUGUCCUCUCCUUCCUGGAAAUCUGGUAUGUCAGCACCACAGUGCCCACCUUGCUGCAUACCCUGCUCCACGGGCAUUCACCCAUCCCUUCAGCUGCAUGCUUCAUCCAGCUGUAUGUCUUCCACUCCUUGGGCAUGACUGAGUGCUACCUGUUAGGUGUCAUGGCUCUGGACCGCUACCUUGCCAUCUGUCGCCCAUUGCACUACCAUUCUCUCAUGAGCAGACAGGUACAGAGAGAGCUAGUUCUGAUUACUUGGGUGGCUGGCUUUUCAGCUGCCCUGGUGCCUGCAGGUCUCACUGCCACUUUACCCUAUUGUUUGAAAGAGGUAGCCCACUAUUUCUGCGACCUGGGACCAGUGAUGCAGUUGGCAUGUGUGGACACUAGCUGGCAUGCUCGAGUUUAUAUUGCAGUGAUUGGCAUGAUCAAUACAUGCAAUCUCGUUUUCAUCUUGGGACUCUAUGGAGGUAUUGUGAAAGCUGUGCUAAGGCUGCCUUCAGCUGCCAGUCGUGCCAAAGCUUUCUCCACAUGUUCCUCCCACAUCACUGUAGUGACACUGUUCUUUGGCUCUGCCUUCAUUGUCUAUGUAGGGCCACCAGAGAUUCGAGCUGAGGGCAGAGGCAAGCUUAUUGCUUUGGUAUAUACCUUGUUCACCCCUUUCUUCAACCCUAUCAUUUAUACUCUUCGCAAUAAGGAAGUGAAAGCGGCUUUCAAGAGGGUCACACAGAGGAUUAAGGGUGUGCUGGGUUGA